GAAACUUCAAAGUGACAGAUGUAAAUAAUUGUAAACAGAUUGUUAAAUAUUAGUUUUAAUCGUUUGCAGGAAGUUAUUUUCGAUAUUAAUAUUAACUAUCUAUAUAAAAAUGGAUCCGGCGUUGUUAAAAGAACGUGAAUUAUUCAAAAAGAGAGCCUUAACGACUCCAGCUGUUGAAAAGAAGAAAACAGAGCCAAAAGUUGAUUCAAAUAAAGAUGCUAAGAAGAAAUUUAAACCACCUGCACCAGCAGCACCUAAAAUGGACAUUAAUACAUAUAAAACAUCCACAGGAAGUUCACAAUAUAGAUUUGGAGUAUUGGCAAAGAUUGUUAAUCAUAUGAAAACAAGACAUCAAGAUGGUGAUGUCCACUCAUUAUCGUUGGAAGAUAUUUUAGAUGAAACAAAUCAAUUAGAUGUUGGUAGUAAAGUAAAAAUGUGGUUACAAAGUGAAGCAUUACCAAGUAAUCCUAAAGUAGAAGUGACCCAGGAUGGUCGAUAUGUUUUUAAAGCAAUGUAUAAAUUGAAAGAUAGGAAAAGUUUGUUAAAAUUACUAAAACAACAAGAUUUGAAAGGAUUAGGUGGAGUUAUGAUGGAACAUAUACAAGAAUCUUUACCACAUUGUGAUAAAGCUAUUAAGACUUUGCAAAAUCAGAACGAGAUUAUUUUUGUGACUCGACCCAUGGAUAAAAAGAAAGUUUUAUUUUAUAAUGACAGAACAGCUUCAAUGCCUAUCGAUGAAGAAUUUCAAAAAUUGUGGAGAUCUGUAGCUGUCGAUGCUAUGGAUGAUGCAAAAAUUGAUGAAUAUUUGGAAAAACAGGGUAUUAGGUCAAUGCAAGAUCAUGGUAUUAAAAAACCAACUGCUCCUAAACGGAAGAAAUCAAGUCAAAGGAAGAGACAAUUUAAGAAACCUAGGGAUAAUGAGCAUUUGGCUGAUGUGUUGGAGACUUAUGAGGAUAAUACUUUAACUCAAAAGAAUAGCGUUUAAUUUUUUUUUAUUGUAAUAAGAAUAUUAUUAGAUUCAUUAUAUUUUGUUAAAAUAAAUUAAUUAAUGACAA